AUGACAGCGUUCCUCCUAUUCCUCUUACUCGCUCUCGCCGCCAGCAACACCGAGCACGGAGGUGCAGUUGCUGCCGCCGAUGACCCACCUGCCGCCCUUACCAUCCUGACACUGCGCGGUAGCCACGAAAACACCUCCCUGGCCGUGCAGACCCACGACCUCUCCCUCGCCGGCUUCACCGACGAGAGCCUCCACUGGCACGCCUUCCCAGGCCACGAGCAUCUGAUCCCCACGUCCAAGCCCCUGCCGUUCGGCAGCAGCUACAGCGAGCUCAUCGGCGGCCUCGCCAACCUGCCGGGCCUGCCGCUAGGGCGGGACGCCAUGAUGCACGCCGUCCGUGUGCUCUCCGCCUACGACCCGGCCGCCGACGCAGAGCCAGUCAAGUGGGCUCUGGCGGCCGUGAAGGUGAUGAUCUGCGAGUCCGGGCGGCUGAAGCCCAUCAGAGAGACCGUGAGAAGCGGAUGGGACAGCGAGUCCCGCGUCGACCCCGAGCAUCUGCCCUACAUCGAGCACUGGGACACCAUGUCCUACGAGAUCAUCCGCGCCAACCGCACGGGCAAAUGGGAAGACGGGCCCUUCACCAAGAUGCUGGAGACCCAGGCCAACAUCCGCAGCAAGGAGGAGGCGGUGGCGGUGAUGAACAUGCUCAUGGAUGCGGACUUCGAGCAAGUGCUCAAGGCUCACGCCAUCCCGAUCAAUUUAGAGUAAACGUGCAUGCAUGCUUGCUUGCAGCUGGUUUUAGACUUUAUUUAGGUCCGUCUCCACUCGAUGUUUCUUUCAUGUCCGUCUAGUUUGUUGCUCAUCUAGCUAGUUGGAACACGUAGGCUUUCAGUUUUGCUUGCU